AAGUGAGUGCUGUGUCUUUAUUUAUAUAUUACAAUUGAUUGUGAAUUAGGUAUAGCUAACCCAGUUUCAUUUUGGUUUUAGUAGGCUAUUGGUAAGAAAAUGGCACUUAAUACAAAUAAAACUGGUGUGUUGUCUUCCAGUCCUAAUACUGAUAUUAAUGUUUUCAAAACUCCCAACUUGCGUAAAAGAAUAUCCAAGAAGAUAAAUGUGCUUGACGAAGAUUCAUAUUUAAAUGAAAUGGGAAAAAUUAUAGAAAGGGACUUUUUUCCUGAUUUGGAAAAGUUGAGAGCACAAAAUGAUUAUUUAGAAGCUUUAGAGAGAAAUGACAUGCAGAGAGUUCGUGAACUUUACGCUAAGUACAGUUCUGGUAGGCUGCCACUCCAGAACGACUAUGCCAGUCCGGCGACAUUUGAAACUCCUAUUGACAGUAGGCCUACUGAUGAAGAUACUCGGCCAAAUGAUCAGAAUAAAGAUUUUAAUGAAAAAGAAAUUGAAGAUGUUGUAAAAUCUAAUUCUAGUCUCUCUGUAAAGGAAAAGAACCUUAGUUUGGAUGAAUAUUUAGGAUGCCAUACUAGUGAAGAUAAUCAAAGUUUUCAAGAAAUUAUAAAAGAAUCUGAAAUUCAACAUAAACAUAAACAUUCAUGGUUGUAUGAAGCUGAAGAAAAUUGUGCAAUUAAAGAUAAGAAUCUUGUUGUCCCAUCAAUAGAAGAACAAGCAAGUGGUAAAGAACGGCCAUUUAAUUUGGAUUCCUGGAACUAUCGUAGUAAAAACUAUAUAAUGUAUGUGCCUGAUGGAGUAGGAUUAUCUGACAGUGAAAAAAUACAGCAGGCAAACAACAAACAAGAAAUUAACCACAGUAACACUCGCUUAGCAAAGUGUCCAUUUGAUGAAACUCAAAAUAAAGAAACGAUACAGGGAUUAGCCAUUAACCAAUCUAGGAUAUUGGAAGGAAAAAUUGGUGUAGAUGGCAAAGAAUUAACUUUUGGAGAUACACCUAAAGUGAAUGGUUUCAGUUUUGUGAAUACACCUUCUCCAGCUCCAGGUGUGAAUGAAUCACCAUUAAUGACGUGGGGAAAUAUUGAUGGAACGCCAUUUCGAUUAGAUGGUGGGGAUACACCUCUUAGAGCUUCAACUGGUCCAUCUUUUAAAAUUCCAGAGCCACCAAAAAGAGAGAAACUUGCUCUAGCUCUAGCUGAAAAAGCAGGUGAGAGGCAUAGAGAUAGGAAGAAGAAAGCUUUGUUAGCAGCUCAACGUCAGUUUGCUUCCCCCUCACCAAGUCGAACCUCUGGUUGUUCUCUUGAUAGGCUUCAUUCGAUGUCACCUGCAGCUCAAAGACUUGCUUCAUCUAAAUUGAAGAGGUUGGGUUCCGACAGUUCACUGCUAGCUUCAUAUAGCCCUCUAAGACGAACACCUCUACCAGCAACACCAUCUCCUUCACCAAAAUCCCAACAAUCUUUUAAAUCUCCAGCAAUAACAUCAAGACAAUUAGUAAAUAAGACACCCACAUUAACACCUAAAAGAACGCAAUGUCAAAAUAUUACUGAUAAUCUAUUAAAUUUACCAAAAAGACCUAGAGCUGCUGAUUACUUUGAUAUGUAAUCAGAAUAUUAGAUUUAAUUUGCGUGUACUACAUUAAAACAUUCAUUCCAUAUACUCAGCAUCAUUUAUCCUGUGGUAAUAUAGUUCAAACAAAAUCAGUGAAGUGUAAUAUCUCUGUAAAUAUAAACGGCAGAAGUUGUUAGUUGUUUCAAUAAAAAGUGGUUUUAUAAAAGAA